AUGUAACGCAAAUUUGCUAUAACUCCAAAAUCAUCGAUUCAUCUUCCCUCUGCAUGCUUUUCUCUUCCCGCCCUUCUCUCUCCUAUGCUUUUUUUUUUCCUUUUUCUCUAUCAUACUCAUCCACAUUCUUCCCGCUUAAUCUAUAUGAACAAUACCCAAUCAUUUUCUUCGGAUUUCUCACCCAUUUGUUGUGUUUCAUUCCAUUCACAUUCUGUUUCUGUGAACUUUGUUUGGUUUUUGUGUUUGAUUUGAACGUAGUGUGAAGAUGGUGGACUAUAGUUUACCAGUUUCGAAGAGGACGCGGCUAAGACGAGCUAUGGCUGGAAUGGAGGAUUUGGAGCAGAGGAGGAAGCGGAGGAAGAAGAACAGGGCGGAUUCCGCUAGUGAUAAUGUUCGAGGUCGGGCUUCGAGUGGUAAGAGGGUCAAUGUGUUUGAACAUUCUAGUGUUAAUCGAACAAUGGAGGUGGAUCCUGUUCGUUUUUAUGAUGAUAGUGAUGGGGAUAGUUUAGAGGAGAUUGAUGCUUUAACAUUUGGUAGAGAAGGUGGGGAUUCGGUUACAUUUGUAGAUUCUGAGAGUUCGGGGGGAUUGAAGAAUGUUAAAGAACGUAGUAAGAAGGGGUUUCUGAAAGGGAAUAUUGAUAUAAUUGAUUUAGAGGAUGAAGUUAUUUUGUCUGAUGAUGAUGACGACGAGGGUUUUGGUUUUGAUUCUGUAAAUUCCAUGUGUUCAAUUUCCAAGUCUGCUACCGCUGCUGCCCCGAAGGAUGGGGGUUUUGUUUGUUUUGAUUCGGACAACGAAGAAAAUAGUAGCGGCUUGCUUUCUUCUGGGAAGGGGAAAGAUGCUUUAGAAAUAUCUCCGGAUAAAAGCAUGGGGGAAAGUGAUUGCUUGAACUCUAAUGGUUGCUCAUAUGAGACCGAGCCAACGUGUUGUUCUGAUGACGCCGUAGAUGAGUCCACUGAAUUGAGAGCAUCAUCAAGUGAAGAGGAGUUUGAUGACUCCAGUGAUAGAAAUUACGAAUUAGAAGAAUCACACCAGUCAAGUUCAGAGUCCUCUAGUUCAGAAGAUGGGAAGAGUAAUAGAAAUUACUGUGCAGAAGUUGGAAAUAGAAGGGAGAGGAAGGAGAGAAGGAAAAGGGUAAAUUUGAUUGAAGGUGGAUUAAGGAGGAAAGCAUAUGGCUUAGACAUAUUUGUUGAUUUUAAGGAGGAUGAACAUAACAAAAAUGUUAAGGUUGGUGCAAAAGUUAGCUGUAUUGCACGAAGAACUCGUUCAUGCUUUGGUUUUAGAGCUAGGAAAAUAAAUACUGAUCUUGGAACUGUCAGUCAGCCAGUCUGUGUGGACGAGGAAGGAUUAGAUUUUCAGUGUGACAAGAAAGAAAUAGGUUCUUCAUCAAGGCAUGACAGUGGAGAUUCUUGCGAUAGUGAUAGUACUACUGAUGAUGAAGUUUACAAGCCAUGGGCCUGGAGUAGUAGUAAAAAGAAAACUCAGUUCAAUAAUCAAAGUGAUGAUGGUUUCUUAUCAGAAAAGAAAGACGAUGAUACAAACAAGGUCGAGAGUUUUCGUGUGGGGAGUAGACUUUGGAAUAGUAAAAGUUCACCUAAAACGGAUAAACACAAUAGGAAUGAAGAUUUUCAGAAGGUUCAUCCAAAAAAUGGCCAUGAAUUUCAUGAUAUUAUUAAAACAAAAGGCCGCAGUGUGCCGAAAGGUAUUGAUGUUUUCAAUAUUCUUGUUGAUUCCAUAAUUGCAGACAAAGAACUGCCUUCAGAUGAGUUAGAUCUUUCUACAAGUCAAGUCUCCCAUAUGCCUCUUCCUUUGAAGUUUGGAUUGGUGGAAUCACGUCUUCCAGAGAAGUCAGAAGAAGAAAAAGAAUUGGACAAACUCUGGGCUGAACUUGACUUUGCUAUCAGAUCCAGCGAGAUUGGGCUGGUGGAUUCUAACACAGUUGAACACGAGGAUGCCUUUCCUUCAAAGCCUGAGCAAGUGGAUCUGUGUCUUCGCGGUGAUCAUCAGCUCAUACUUGACGAACAAAUUGGACUUAGAUGCAGAUGCUGUUCACAUGUCAAAUUGGAAAUCAGAGAUAUUGUACCUUCUUUUGAUACAAAUCCACAUGGAAAGUCACAGAAGAGGGAAUCUGGCUCCUUUGAGCGUGUUAAAUAUGAUAACCUUCAACAGGAUUUUGAUUGCGACCCCCAUGACGGAUCUGAUUCACGAUCUCAUUUUGGACGCACGGUGUGGGAUAUCAUUCCUGGUAUAAGGAAUAGCAUGUACCCACACCAGCGUGAAGGCUUCGAAUUUAUUUGGAAAAAUAUAGCCGGAGGAAUCUAUCUUGAUGAGUUAAGAGAAAAAGGCAGCUUAAACAAUGGGAGUGGAUGCAUUGUAUCACAUGCUCCUGGAACAGGAAAAACUCGUCUAACAAUUAAUUUUCUUCAGACGUAUAUGGAAUUAAAUCCAACAUGCCGGCCUAUGAUUAUUGCACCUAGCAGCAUGCUCCUUACCUGGGAAGAGGAGUUUUUGAAGUGGAAUGUGGGCAUUCCUUUUCAUAACCUGAAUAAGCGAGAUUUCUCUUUUCACGAGAAUAUUUCAGCCCUUAAGUUCUUGAUGCAAGCUUCUCCAUCAGGACAAGAUGUCGAAACCAUACGGCUUGUAAAAGUGUUUUCCUGGAAAAAGGAGAAAAGCAUCUUGGGAGUUAGUUACAGAUUGUUUGAAAGAUUAGCUGGAGUUCGGAAUAAUUCUAAGUGUGCUAAAGUAAGAAAUGUCCUUUUGGAGCUUCCUGAUCUUGUAGUCUUUGAUGAAGGGCACAUUCCACGCAACGAUGAUAGUCUUAUUUGGAUGGCUUUGUCUAAAAUUAAAACAGAAAGGCGCAUCAUUCUUUCUGGAACUCCGUUCCAGAAUAAUUUCACUGAAUUUUAUAAUACACUUAGGUUGGUGAGGCCAAAAUUUGCAGAUGAAAAUAAUUCUGGAGUCGAUGAUUGCAUGGAUAAAAAGCGUGGACGACCAAAAAAUAUCUCAAGAGGAAAGUGGGACCUUUUGAUUAGUUCCAUUGGCAGAACUUCUGAACUGGAAAGUGCUGAACUGAAAGAAAUCAGAGCCUUGAUCAAUCCAUUUGUGCAUGUGUACAGGGGCAGCAUACUACAGGAGAAACUUCCAGGGUUGAGGAAAUCUACAGUUAUAUUAUGGCCAGCAGAGCUGCAGAAGAGUUUUCUCGAGAGAGUUCAAGCAAGGAAACAUUCCUUUGAAGUGGAAUACGUUGAGUCCUUGAUCUCUGUGCACCCUUCCCUGAUACUGAAAUGUGAUAAAGGAGAUUGUGAAGUUGACAAGGAUAUGUUAGAGAGGUCUAGAUUGAAUCCUGAACUAGGAGUGAAACUACAGUUUCUCCUGGAAAUUAUACGUUUGAGUGAAGCUUUGAAUGAAAAAGUUUUGGUUUUCAGCCAAUACAUUGAACCAUUGUCCUUUAUAGAAGAGCAUCUUAAGUUUCAUUUUAAAUGGACCGAAGGGAUAGAGUUGUUUCAUAUGGAUGGAAAACGUGAGAUAAAGAAACGGCAAGCAUUAAUAAAUACCUUUAACGAUCCAACAAGUGAAGUUAGGGUAUUGCUUGCAUCUACAAAGGCUUGCUCAGAAGGUAUAAACCUUGUUGGGGCUUCAAGAGUAGUUUUACUUGAUGUUGUAUGGAAUCCUUCUGUGGAAAGGCAAGCCAUAUGCCGAGCCUAUAGACUCGGGCAGAAAAAGGUUGUUUAUGUGUAUCAUCUCAUUACCUCUGGGACAAGGGAAGAAGAGAAAUACAGUCGACAAGUGGAGAAAGAUCGACUGUCUCAGUUAGUUUUUUCUUCUGAACAGAACAGUAAUGAAGUCAAAGUAUCAUCCACAGAUCUGGAUGACAGAAUUUUGGAAGCUGUACUUCAACAUGAAAAGUUUAAAAAGAUGUUCCAAAAGAUAGUAUACCAAUCAAAGGAGUCCUGCAUAAACGAGAAUUUCGGCCUGGCAGACAAGGAGUGAAACUCAUUCUGGGUUUUGAAGUUCGAUGCACUUUUGGAAGUUUUAUUAGCAAGAAGACAGUUAAUGAACAGGAUAACUUUUGGGCACUGGUAUGUAAAAGGCAAUCUGUCAAGUUCGUGGAGCUAUGAUUUCUGUGUCUCACCUGCCAAAUUUAACCACGAGCUAGCUUAGCAUCUGAUUUUUGUGGCCUUGCAACAAUACAGCAGUACCGUCGUAAGCAUCGCUAACUUGCAUUUCAUUUGUAAUGGAUCCAUUAGAUGGGGUAAAUGCAACUGUUUGCUCCGUCUUUUUUGGAGUGCUUAAUAUUUUUUGAAGCAGCCAUUCAAA